UGGACACAACCAUGACCAACGCCGGACCCUCCACGACCAGCCAAGACGCUUCAUCUCCGGAUGCCCAUGAUAUGACUUCCAGGGACUACUAUGCGGAUUCGUAUGCCCACUUUGGUAUUCACGAAGAGAUGUUGAAGGAUUCUGUGCGAACAGGAUCGUACCGCUCUGCGAUCAUCAACAACCCCCACCUCUUCAAAGGAAAGACAGUGCUGGAUGUUGGGUGUGGUACUGGUAUUCUGAGUAUGUUUGCUGCCAAGGCAGGUGCGAAACACGUCGUUGGGAUUGACAUGUCCAACAUCAUCGAUCAAGCACAAAAUAUCAUUGAAGCCAAUGGCUUCAAGGACACGAUCACGCUCGUCAAGGGAAAGCUUGAGGAGUCCGUUCUUCCCCUACAAGAAUUCGACAUCAUCAUCUCAGAGUGGAUGGGCUACUUCUUACUAUACGAAUCCAUGCUCGACACCGUCCUCCUGGCGCGUGAUAAGUACUUGAAAAAGGACGGCCUCAUCUUUCCCGAUACCGCCACAUUAUACCUUGCAGCCAUCGAAGAUCAAGAUUACAAAGACGAAAAAAUCAACUUCUGGGACAAUGUGUAUGGCUUUGACUACUCAUGUAUCAAAGACAUCGCCCUUCGCGAGCCUCUGGUUGACACCGUCGAGCUCAAAUCCGUCGUCACUGACCCGUGUCUUAUUAAGCACAUUGAUCUUCUCACCGCCAAGAAGGAGGACCUCACAUUUGAAGCACCGUUCUCGCUAGCCAGUACCCGAGAUGACUACGUUCAUGCAUUCCUGGCUUGGUUCGACAUCUCAUUCGAAUGCACGCACAAGAAAGUGAAGUUCUCGACUGGGCCUCACGCACAAUACACACACUGGAAACAAACUGUCUUCUACACACCAUUGACACUUACCGUCAACAAGGGUGACAAUAUCGUUGGCAAAAUUAAAUGUGCACCCAAUGCACGGAAUAACCGCGACCUCGACAUAGGCUUUGAGUUCAAAGUGGAGGGCCAAGCGGAGGAGCAUAAUAUCCAAUAUAAAAUGUAUUAACCAUCUACAUAUAUUUCUUGAGUUUGUCAUCGUGGAUGUGCUGGGCUUCUUCCCCCAAGUCUUUCAUCGUUGUCACCGUCGUACUCAUCUGGCUUUUUCGCUGUGCACUUGUAGAAUGUCAUUUAGAAUGAUUUGGAUGUUAUGUAGCUCACGAUAUCACCGUCUUUGGCAAUUGUACACUGCUUGUACCUGC